AUGAGAUAUGAUGAAAAUGAAGGAAUUAGCGUAUCUUCCUUUAAAUCACCACCUAUCAAAGUUAUACCAUUUUAUGUAAAUGAAAAAUCAAGUAACAAUAUUAAUAGUAAUAAUAAUAAUGCCAAUAUUACAAUUACGACAAGUCAAAAUACAACCAAUAAUAAUAAUAAUAAUAAUAAUAAUAAUAAUAAUAAUAAUAAUAAUAAUAUUAACAGGAAAAUUUUAAUUCAUAAACAUUCUUUUUCCGGUGAACUUACAUUUAAUUUACCACAACCACAACAACAAUCGCAACUUAAUACAAGUGGUGGAUAUUCACCAUUAGGUGGUACAUCACCAUCCUCACCAUUAUCCCCACCAGUUCAGCACAUUAAUAGAUCCCCAACUCUCUCAAACAUACCUACCCAACAAUUACAGCAAUCACCAUCAUCACUAUCACCAUUAUCCCCUUUAUCCCCCACAACAGGAGGAAAACAAAAUUCAUUAACUCUUUCACCCCCACCCCCAUCCUCUGUAAAUAAACCACCACCAAUACCCUCAAAUAGAGCCUUACCAUCCUUACCAGGCAAACCCCCGGUACCAUCCCAGCAUACUAAACCAACACACUGUCGUAGUCAAUCUGCAUCAGCUUCAGCAUCUGGCUCACAUAAUAGUAUAGCACCAAUACCAACACAUAGUAGUCAAAGUAGAACACCACCACCAUUACCAAGUCGUAGCCAAUCUACAUUACUAUUAAGCAACCCACCACCAAUUUCAAUAUACACACCAAAUAGCAAUAGUAAUUCAUAUUCAUCACCACCACAACAAUCGCCCAAUAGUAUAAAUCGUACCCAAUCAAAUAUGGCCUUAUCACCAUCACAACAAAGAAGAAUUCAACCCCAACCACCUAUUACUCACACUCAAUCCAGUUUUUCAUUAACCUCAACCCCUCCAUCUACUCCACCUCCAUUACCCCCAUCAAAUAAACAACAACCCCUUCAACAAAGACCAACCCCACCAAUUCCAAAUCGUAGUUUAUCAAGUUCAACUAUUGAUACACCCUCAUCACCAAAUCCAACUCCACCUAAAACAUUAAAUAGACCUCCACCAUUAAAUAUACCAUCAACAACCCCACCACCAUCACUAUCUUCAUCAACUGAAAAUAUUCAAACUCCAAAAAAUACUCAACAACAACCACAACCACCUCCACCACCACCACCAGCUCCACAGCAAAAUAACAUCUCUGGGUCAGGCCCACCCAAUAGACCACCACCACCAACUCCACAAAGUCGUACAACUGGUGUUCAAAAUAAUAGUUUAUAUCAAUCUAAAAAUUUACCACCCCCAAUUUUUAGUUAAGCAAAAAAUAUGAUUUUUUUUUUUUAAUUAAAAAAAAAAAAAAAAAAAACAAUUCAAUAUAAUAUAAUAUAAUAAAAUAACAAAUCUAAAAUAUAAAUAAAAAAGAAAGAAAAAAUAUUUAAAUAUUUUUUUAUUUGGAAAAUUUUUAAUCAU